AUCACUGUAGAGAGAGAGAAAUUCUCUAAAUCUUCACUCCAAUGGCAGCCGCGAUUUUCUCUCUCUUCAUUUUCGUCGUCGCGCUGCUGAUCGGAACGUCGUCGGCCUCCUCCUCUAGCCUCCAGAUCCUCCAAGCCGAGCGUCAGAUUGAAUUGACUUCGCACAUUGUUAGGGUUUAUCUGACAUUGAAGAUAGAGAACACUGGGGAUGCUCCAGCAACAGAAGUUCUUCUAGCAUUCCCACCUACGCAGUUUGACCAUCUAGCGUUGGUUAAAGCAGCUGUGACUGUCGGAAAAAAGAGGAAGAAAUCUUAUUCCCCUCUUGAAGCCAAGCCAACCGAACAACCUGACGCACCUAAUGGAACAAAAUACUAUUCUGUGUCAUUGCUCAAACCAUUGGCAAAGGGUGAGACUACCACUCUAGAAAUACUUUACAUCUUGACCCAAUCUCUCGAACCCUUCCCAAAGGAGAUCGCGCAGUCUGAUCCUCAAUUAGUGUAUUACCGCGAUAGUGCAAUUAUACUGUCACCAUACCAUAUUGCGCACCAGGCAACCGUGAUUAAAACCCCAAGUAACAAUGUGGAAUCCUUCACCCAAGUCGAUCCUGCUCACCGUAGUGGCAGUGAACUGAGAUAUGGGCCAUAUGAGGGUCAUGGUCCUUACUCAUACUCUCCUAUUAUUGUCCAUUUUGAAAAUAACCAUCCGUUUGCUGUUGUGGAGGAGCUUGAGCGGGAAAUUGAAAUCUCUCAUUGGGGAAGUGUACAGAUCACUGAGCGUUACAAGUUAGCUCAUGCCGGUGCUAAGCACAAAGGUGCUUUCUCGAGGGUUGAGUAUCAAUCGAGACCCGGCGGUAGUGGUGUCUCCUCUUUCAAGCAUCUUCUUGCAGUACUACCCCCACGCGUUCAUUCUGUCUACUACAGAGAUGAGAUUGGAAAUAUAUCAACAUCCCGUUUGCGUACAAACUCCAAGAAGUCUGAGUUGUUAAUAGAGCCACGUUAUCCUUUAUUUGGAGGCUGGAAAGCAACCUUUCUCAUUGGAUAUGGAGUGCCACUGAAGGACUUCCUUUUUGAAUCAGCUCCCGGUGCUCGUUACCUGAAUUACACUUUUGGCUGCUCUAUCGCAGAUACUGUAGUUGACAAGCUGACAAUCAAAGUUGUCCUCCCAGAGGGCUCAAAGGAUCCGUCUGUUGAAGUUCCAUUUGCAGUCAAACAAAGUUUAGAGAAGAAGUACUCGUACCUUGACAUCAUUGGACGAACUGUCGUGGUUCUGGAAAAGAGAAAUGUAGUCCCUGAGCAUCAUGUUCCUUUCCAGGUCCAUUACAAGUUCAACUCAUUAUUUAUGCUUGCUGAACCCUUGAUGCUAGCUUCUACGUUUUUCCUUCUCUUUGCCGCUUCUGUUGCAUACCUCCACAUCGACCUUUCAAUACGGAAAAAAUGCUGAACGGUGUAACACUUGAAAAAGGUUGAUGCCAUCGAGGAUCACGGAUAUAGGAAUGACUUUUUUCGCGGAUUUAGCCAAAAAUGUAGCAUGAACUGCAUACUUUACAUCAUAGUGAGACAUUGCAUCUGUUCUUGACAUUGACUUAUGUAUCUUUAGAUGAGAAAAACUGGGCGAUUCUUUUGCCUUGAAUUCGAGUAGCGAAACCUUUUUGGCCUUGAAUUCGAAAUGAUAUAGUUUAUUUUGUGAUGA